AUGGUUGAUGUCUGGACGAUCGACUCGUUCCCGCCAUUAGAUGCUUUACAAGAGGGAUGGACGUGCUUGUUGUCAGAACAAUGGCUUCGUUAUAGUCUUCAUACAUUUACUUAUCUAUCUAUCUAUCUAUCUCUUUCUUCUGUCUAUCGUUCACUCCUCGCUCUUUACUCUCACUCUUUCUCACUGUUUACUCUCACUCUUUCUCACUGUUUACUCUCACUCUUUCUCACUGUUUACUCUCACUCUUUCUCACUGUUUACUCUCACUCUUUCUCACUGUUUACUCUCACUCUUUCUCACUGUUUACUCUCACUCUUUCUCACUGUUUACUCUCACUCUUUCUCACUGUUUACUCUCACUCUUUCUCCUGUUUACUCUCCUCUUUCUCUGUUUACUCUCCUCUUUCUCACUGUUUACUCUCCUCUUUCUCGCUUCACUUUCUCUCUCUCUCUCUAACACUUUACUCUCUCUCCUCUUUCUCUCUCUCUCUCUCGCUAACACUUUACUCUCUCUCUCUCUCUCGCUCUCUUCAUUCUCUCUCUCUCUCAAUCAACACUUUACUCUCUCUCUCUCUCUCUUUUUUCUCUCUCUCUCUCUCUAUCAUUUAACACUUUUCUCUCUCUCUCUCUCAUUCUUCUCUCUCUCUCUCUCUCAUUCUUCUCUCUCUCUCUCAUUCUUUCUCUCUCUCUCUCUCUCUCUCUCUUUCUUUCUCUCUCUCUCUCUCUCAUUCUUUCUCUCUCUCUCUCUCAUUCUUCUCUCUCUCUCUCUCAUUCUUCUCUCUCUCUCUCAUUCUCCUCUCUCUCUCUCUCUCAUUCUUUUCUCUCUCUCUCUCUCUCUUCUCAUCUCUCUCUCUCUCUCAUUCUUUACUCUCUUCUUCUCUCUCUCAUUCUCUACUCUCUCUCUCAUUCUCUCUCUCUCUUCUCUUUCUCUCUCUCUCUCUUUCUUUUUCUCUCUCUCUCUUUCUCUUUUUCUCUCUCUCUCUCUCUUCUCUUUUUCUCUCUCUCUCUCUCUUUUUUUCUCUCUCUCUCUCUUUCUUUUUUUUUCUCUCUCUCUCUCUCUUUCUCUUUUUUUCUCUCUCUCUCUUUCUCUUUUUCUCUCUCUCUCUCUUUUCUCUUUUCUCUCUCUCUCUCUUCUCUCUCUCUCUUCUUCUCUCUCUCUUUCUCUCUCUCUUUCUUUUUUCUCUCUCUCUCUUUCUCUCUCUCUUUCUCUUUCUCUCUCUUUAUCUCUCUCUCCUCUAUCUCUCCAUUGGUCUUCUCUUUCUCUCUCUCUCUGUCGCUCCUUCCUCCCUCUCUGUCGCUCCUUCCUCCCUCUCUGUCGCUCCUUUCUCCCUCUCUGUCGCUCCUUCCUCCCUCUCUGUCGCUCCUUCCUCCACCUCUCUAUACCUACAUUCUCACCGCUCUAUACCUACAUUCUCACCUCUCUCUCUCUCUCUAUCAUUCUCAUCAUCUCUCUCUUCAUUCUCUCUCUCUCUUAUCAUUCUCUCUCUCUCUCUAUCUUUUCACCUCUCUCUCUCUCUCAUUCUCACUCUCUCUCUCUCUCUCUAUCAUUCUCCUCUCUCUCUCUCUAUCAUUCUCACCUCUCUCUCUCUCUAUCAUUUCUCACCUCUCUCUCUCUCUAUCAUUCUCUUCUCUCUCUCUCUCAUCAUUUCUCUCUCUCUAUCAUUCUCUCUCUCUAUCAUUCUCACCUUUCUCUCUCUCUAUCAUUCUCACCUUUCUCUCUCUCUAUCAUUCUCACCUUUCUCUCUCUCUAUCAUUCUCACCUUUCUCUCUCUCUAUCAUUCUCACCUUUCUCUCUCACUAUCAUUAGCAUAUAUAUAUAUAUAUAUAUAUAUCACCGGUUCUUUCUACCAAAACCAUUUUUUUGUUGA